AUGGAUGUUGAAGAAGACUUGUUGAUAGUUGACGAGGUCGGCGUCUCUAGUCAACAAGCAGGGCGCGAACAAACUUCCGCCCGGCCCGUGUUUUCAGACCCUGAGAGGGUCUAUUGUAGAGUGGCGGAUCCCGGCCAGGAAAGACUCCGCCGAAGCGAAGGCUCGGGUGGAUAUUCGUAUGCGGACGCGGUUCGGGACCGCGUGGUGCGGAAUUCGAAUGUCGCCCGGCGAAAAUCUACAAUUGGCGCCCAACGUGGGGCCUCUUUUUCAAACAUUACAGGUUUUAGGUGCAGCAGGAGCCAAGGUUAUUCUCCAAAUUUUUUAGGUGACAGGUGCCAUGUUCGACAACAUGAAACUUUUUUAGAUUUUAGGUCACAGGAACCGAAGGAGGAUCGAAGAUCAACCUCGAGCAGACUUUCAACGCCCGCCAGCCAACAAAAUGAAAUUGUUUUAAAUAACAAUCGUUUUGAAAUUGUUGACAGGUACGAAGAAAAGCCGCGCAUUGAUUUUUCAGCAAAUAAUUUAGGUUACAGGUUUAUCCCCAAACAGGAUAUUUUAGGUUUUAGGUGCCAGGGUGAUCCGAAGUUGCAGGAGUUCGGACUGAAUAAGCUGCGAUUAGCGUCCAGUAGAUCACGGCGAAAUAAAAUUUUAGGUAACUGCAACAGGUGCAGAGCGACCGAGCGAGAGAGAGACACAGUUGAACACAAGUUGACGAGUGACAGUCGGGAACCGCUUCAUUUAACUGGUAUGAAGUCUCAGGUUCAUCAACCGCGUAUAGGUGCCGAGCGUGACAACGACUUUUGUCGUCGCGAAUUGCUUCGACCUGACAGAUUUGAUGGCACCGGCUGUCUCAAAACUUUCUUAAAAAAGUUUGAGAUAUGUGCCAGGUACAAUAAUUGGAAUCUCGUAGACAUGGAAGCGUAUUUGUCAUGUUCGUUAACAGGUGAAGCUUCACAGGUUCUCUGGGAUUUAACAGGUUUAGGUUACCAAGAGCUGGUAUCUAAGCUAGAAGAUCGUUUUGGAACAAGAGGUCAUGAAGAGUCAUACAGGUACGAAUUACAGAUUCUUCGUCGAAAACCUGGUGAGUCGUUACGAGAGUUGUCAAUGGUUACUAAAAGACUCAUGUCAUUAGCCUAUCCAGGAGAGCAGUCAAGAUUAGCUACACAUCUAGCUAGGGACUUUUUCUUGUCAGCCCUCGAUAAUGCUGAAUUAGAAUUAAAGGUUAGGGAAAAAGAACCAAAGAACAUUGACGAUGCUCUUAGAUUCGCACAGCGUCUUGAAGUUUCAAAGAUGGUGUAG